AUGGAUUUUUUAAACACUAUUUGCAUUAUCCAAAGGGAAAUCGUACUUCUUACCGGAUGCCGGUGCGUCGAGCUGGACUGCUGGGACGGCGACGAUGGCAGCCCUGUCAUAUAUCACGGCCACACCUUUACUACCAAGAUACCGUUCAGAAGAGUCGUGGAGACUAUAGCAAGAAGUGCUUUCGUGGCCUCACCGUAUCCGUUGAUCCUGAGCAUAGAGAACCACUGCAGCCUCCCGCAGCAGCAGGUCAUGGCCAGCACUUUUGAGGCAGUGUUCGGAGAGCAAUUGGUGACGUCAUUCCUGUUCGAGGUCGACUACACAGACGAACCGCGCCUACCCAGCCCCGAGCAGCUGAAGUACAAGGUGCUGAUCAAAAAUAAGAAGCUGCUCCCCGUCGAGUCCAGCCCCACCAUCGGUCUGACCGGCGCCAGCUCAGCCCAGGCCUAUGGUGGCGUCCUGGCUACGGCGUUCAGGCCCAACGGCGUUCGCCACACCAGCGCGUCACUGCCCGAGCAGGGGAACCGCACCAGUUCGCUGAUGUCCAACCAGUCUGCGGGCAGCUCCUUGACAGAGUACUUCUCCGACGAGGACUAUGACGAGGACGACGAGGAUAUCGACGAAAAGGAGCUGCAUAAGAUCCUGACCUCUAUGGAGGAGAAGGUCGGCCGGGCGUCUCUCUCCCUCUACCAGAGCUUCCGAAGGAGCGAGGGGGACGGAGACACAGCCAGCGCGAAACACGCGAACAGGAAGCGAAGCAACCAGAUCGCGAGGGAACUCAGCGAUAUGGUGACUUACGUCCAGGCGAUCAAGUUCCGGGGACUGAACCCCAUGUCGCCGCGCAGCUCCGUCAGGCAGACCAGCACCUCCACCAGGGACAGCAGCAGCGCGGCGGCCUGCAGCAGCUUCGAGUCCUCGGAGAGCAGUGACAACAGCGCCGGGACGGCGGGGCGCGCCCGCUGCCUCAGCGCCCCCGCCGCCCACCACCCCUGCUACCGCUGCUCCUCCGUCAACGAGGCGAUCGGCAAGAAGAUCUGCAGGAAGCACCCGCUGGCGCUCAUCGCCCACACGGAGACGCAGCUGGUCCGCACCUAUCCCGCCGGCCUGAGAAUCGACUCGUCGAACUUCGACCCCGUCACGUUCUGGUCGUGCGGCGUUCAACUGGUGGCGCUGAACUAUCAGACGGAGGACGCCGCGAUGGCGGUCAACGCUGCCAUGUUCGAGAGCAACGGCUGCCUGGGCUACGUGAGGAAGCCCAGCGUCAUGUGGGACCCUGGGCACAUCGCGUACCGGAGGUUCAACCCUACGGACAAGGAGUUCGACGGGGUGCACGCGGCGCAGCUGACGCUCUCGCUGAUCUCGGGCCAGUACGUGGCCGAGAACGUGUACUCGUUCUACAACGCGUUCGUCGAGCUCGAGGUGCUCGGCGUGCCCGCGGACUGCGCCAAGCUGCGGACGCGGGCCGCGCGCCGCAACGCGCUCAACCCCGUGUGGAACGAGACCUUCAGCUUCAAGAUCAACUUCCCGGAGCUAGCCUUCAUCCGCUUCGAGGUGUACGACGCCGACACCAACUACAUGCUGUCUCAGCGAGUGGUGCCCCUGCACUGCCUGCGCCCAGGAUACCGCCACGUCCGCCUACGCUCCCCCACCAACCAGCCGCUGAACAUGGCCUCGCUGCUGGUCUUCUCGCGCUGCUGCGAGGAGUCCGCCUCCGGCGGUGCCGAAGCUGGCCCCCGCCGGCUCCACUUCCUCGUGGUGUACGCCGUGGCGAGCCACGAGCCGUACUCCAUACUCAAGGUCACGCAGGACACCACCGCCAGCGAGGCGAUAGCGCAGUGCCUCAGCAAGGCGGGCGCCAACCGCUCCGGGCGUGGCAGCUACGUGCUGGUGGAGGAGGUGGCCUCGCGGGCGCCGACCCAGAGGGUGCUGGCGCCCCACGAGCGGGUGCUGCGCCUGGCCACGGGCCGCCCCGCCGCCAGGCUGCUGCUGAAGAGGGUCGGAGACGACCCCAGCAGCCGGGCCUGGCUCACCAGCAUACGGGCGGCGCCGGCGGAGAGGGCGAAGGAGCGGACCAACAGCGGCCACCCGCAGGAGAACCACUCCGGCGAGGGCUCAGCGCCCGACGGUUUCCUGGUGUGCGUUCACAACGUGUCCCACGAGAUACCCUACGCGAUACUCAAGGUACCGUUAAGCGCAACGGCGUCCUACGUCGUGUACCAGGCGCUGACGAAGGCGAGGUGUCAGGACGAUCCUAAAAGAUUCGUCCUGGUCGAGGAGUUGGAGUGGGGGGGGCGGGCGGGCACCGGUCCCCAGCAGCGGCCGCUGGCUGACGACGAAGUUGUCUACGCAGCCCAGGCCAGCUGGAAGACGUUGGGGCGGUUCGUGCUGCAGGAGCGAGGGGGGCAGCCGGUGAGGAGGAGGGGUCUGGCGCUGGCGCGUCUCCAGCGCGGCUGGAGCCUCACCAGGGGCGCCCUCGCCGGCACCACCUUCCCGCUGGGUGGUUUUGGAUCCGGAGACAGUUCUGCUGAGGGCAAAGCGCCUGUGCAAGCGGCCUACAGUGACCCUACGCACUGCAGGCGCGUGUCUACGUCGCCGCUGGGCAAAGGCGUCGGACGCUCGAAAGGCCACCCGGACCGAGACAUCAGGAGCUACGUGCACGGCAGCCCCAGCAGGGAGGCCCAGUCGGAGGGGGAGGCCGAGGGUGGGAGCUCGCUGGCAGCGGAGGCGCUGGCUGCCCAGAUGGCCCGCUUCAAGAGACUCUCGCUGCGGAAGCUGCGCGCUUGGCGCUCC